AUGACGACUGUUGAACAAAAUGGUCUUAGUGGAAGAGAUCUUCGAAUUAAGCUAUUUGAUUUAAUGAAAUCAAAAGGCAUCAUUGAUAAUGUCAAAUCGCAUUUACGUGGUCGCUUAAUUCAUGAGUUACGCGGUGGUUUUGAUGAUCAAAUUCGAUUUUCAUCUUCAACUAUACAGCCGACACUUUUAGUUCGUGCACUCAAUGGAUUGAUUAUCGAUUAUUUUCAAGGUCAAAAAUAUGAUUAUACAACAAGUGUUUUUAUACCUGAAGCAAAUAUCAAUGACUAUCGAACUUUGUCUGAUGCAGAAAUUCUUCGACUACUUAAUAUCUCAACAGAAUCAUGUUUUUAUAAGAACAUUAAAUCCAAUAGUGAAAUAAAUGGUCAUAAAAAUUUGUUGAUAUCGAUGCUUACAUGUAUUGCAUCAUGGUUACCAGGUUCAUCCCAAAAUAAUAGCACACAAACAUCGAAUGAUUUAUGGGCAGGUUCUGUUGCUGGAUCAACACUUGAUGAAAAACUAAACAAUCUUGAUGCAAUGUAUACCAAUCGUCAUGAUGAUUUAAUGUCAAUGCAGAAUUUAUCAACCGAAGAAAAAUUAUUAUUAUUUCAAAAAAAUGUUGAAUUAAGAACUAAAGAAAAUCUAAAGCAACAAAUGGAUCAAUUUCGUGAAAAUGAAAUUAAAAAAGUGCGUGAUGAAGAACGUUCGAAAUGUCAAAUGGAAUUGCAAUCACUUCGAAAAGAACUUGAAAUCUUGUACAAAUCAAAACAAGAUACUUUAAAUGAAAAGGAAAUGCGUAUCGGAGAGAGAUUCAAAGCGGAACUUGAAAAUGAAAGACGUGAUUUAUAUGUUCAACGACAAUCAUUUCUCGAAGAAUUAAAAACUAUGAAAAUGCGAGAAACAGAAAAUCAAAGAAAUCUGGAAUUACGAGAACGAUCUCUAACAUUAGAAGUGGAUCGUGUAAAACGUCUUGAAGACGAUAUUCGUAAAAGAGAAGUAACAUUAUCAAAUACUGAAUUACACGUUGAUCAACAAGUACAAAUGAAAUUAAACAAAUUAAGAUUUGAGAUCGAACAGCAAUUUACAGAACGUAAUAAAAAUUUACAAUUAAUCGAAAUGAGAAACCAAGAAGAGGCAAGACGACUUAGUGAAGAACGUCUGUUAGCAGAACAAGCUAAAUCAGAAGUGGUUUCAUUACGAAAACAUUAUUCUGAGGCGGAUUCAACAAUUCACCGUUUACAUAGUGAGGCUAAAGUCCUUCAAAGUGAAAAUGAAAUUUUACGUGAAAAAGCUAAACAAGCUGUUGAUUACCAAUCGAUUCGAGAGGAAAAUGCCAUUUUAAAAGCACAAAUGAAUAAUAAUACAAGUCGAUCACAACAUUCGAAUCGACAUCAUCAUGAUAGCAGUAGUUCAUCACCUCAUGAUCGAUCAACUAAAUCUCGAGGCAUUAUCCGUGAAUUAAAGACUGUUCUUGAUAAUCAACAAGUAGGUCAAAAAGUUGUGAACGAUGAACUAAUCGAUUUAAAGACACAAAUUGCUUUAUUGCAAUCAUCAAAUGAACCAGAACCUUAUUUUAAUGGUCGUUUUCCAAGUAAUACUGGUGGCGAUUAUUUAUCUCAUGUGAUUAAAUCGGCAAGUGAUAUUCAGUUAAACCACAGUAGAUAUUCAACAUCAUCAAACUAUAAUCAAUUUAUUGAAGACGCAAAAUUACGAAUGCUUGAACUUGAUCGGGAAGCUGACAAAGUUGAAGAAAGUUAUCGUGACUAUCAACAUCGCAUUAUGACUAAGACUUCGCAUACCAGUAAUUUACAACCAACAGGACGCAUGCCAACUGUUAAACUAAGUGGGCAAACUCAAAAAGCAACAGCAAAUGCAGUGCCAACUUCAACGUCAUUGCAAGAGAUCAGUGCACAUUCACAUAAAUUUAGUUGGAAUAAAGAUCAACCAUUAACUAAUAUACCUGAAAGUUUAUUAACGUCAAAAAAUGCAACAAAUGAUCGACAAAAAACUAUAUCACAGAGUAACGAUCGUACCUUUGAACACCCUGAAAUAACAAUAAAACCGUCAUCAUUUGAUGAAAAAAUACAUCGACGUUUCAUUACUGCAACAAAAACAUUUUCCACAAAUGAAAAUGGUUCAGGUAGUGCACCAAAUAUUCUUGAACAUCCUGAUAUGAGAACACCCAUUGUUAUGGAAAAGCAUCAACUAUCGUUAUCAUCGUCAUCAUCAUCUCCUUCGUCAAUUAGUAAUAAUAAUAAUAAUAAUAAUAAUAAUAAUAAAAGAUUAGCUCGACAACAAUCUGCUGACAUUUAUACAACAAGAGCUCGAACAAUAUCACCUGUGAACCGUGAUACUAAUCAAGCAAAUUCAACUAAAAAUCUAAUACGAUCGAAUUCACUAGAAUCCUCAAUCAGUGAAAUUGUCGAACGUCCUGAACAAGAAAAAAACGAUGAUACUAGUUCAUCCACACCUCCACCACUAACUAGAGGCUCGACAAAAAUUGUUCGUGAAUACGCCGCAACAAGCUCAACUUCGGAUGUUGACUCAGCAAGCAAACAUUCCAAUAAUAACAAUAAUAAUGCUAAUCCUAAACUGCAAUCGGAAGAAGACGAUUUUUGGUGA